UAAAUAGUCGCCAUGACACAUUUAGCUGAUGCGAGGAGCAUAGGGGAAAAUAAAGCGUGGAUGGCCCCUAAUUUUGCGUGUUGAGUUUGAUUAGGUCCUUCUAGAUGUCCAAAUAAGCAGCUGUCAGUCAUACAGCCCCGUGACUGUUUCACACAAGCUGCACUGCGAUAUUUGAAGUACCGCACGACAUUAAGUAAGGUCUAUGAAAGACGUCUGCUAACUUCACGUAGCCAACGUAAGCGCGGUUAAGCUAUAGCAGCUUUUAGCACCCGAUUUGUUGAAGCUACUAAUGUCGUAUUCUCGUCAGCACAGAUAAAUAAAGUUACCGCCGACAGCGUCAGACCCGACUGGAGUACGCGGGAUCUCUGGUUGGAUGUAAAAUGAUAAUUGAAAAUCUUGAAGCGCUGAAAUCGUGGCUGUCUGAAACCCUUGAGCCCAUCUGUGACGCGGACCCCUCUGCUCUCGCCAAGUAUGUCGUGGCUUUGGUGAAAAAGGAUAAAACCGAAAAAGAACUAAAAGCUCUCUGUAUCGACCAACUGGACGUGUUUCUUCAGAAAGAGACCCAACAAUUUGUGGAUAAACUUUUUGAAGCUAUAAACAGUAAAAGCUACCUACCCCAGUCUGAGCAGCCAGCUGCUGUCACAAAACCCGAGAAAGAUGAGCCUAAAAAGGAGGAGCCAAUACAAGAAGAAGAACGGGAGAAAAAGAAUUCACGGCGUGUGACUCACAGUCCUCCUCAGUCCAGCUCCCGUUACAGCCGAGACAGCAGGUCAUUUAAUUUUAGGAGAGAUGACCGAAGAAGGGAUGACCGCACCAGAAAGAGGGACUACGACCGCCUGCCUCCCAGAAGAGACUCGUAUCGCGACCGCUACAACCGCCGACGGGGACGCAGCCGCAGCUACAGCCGUAGUCGAAGCCGCAGCUGGAGCAAAGACCGUGUCCGAGACCGCGACAGGGACCGCGACAGAGACAGAGACCGAGACCGGGACAGGGACCACACACGGAGCAGGACACAUAGCCGGAGUCGGUCCAGGACCAGGAGUAGAGAGAGAGAUUCGGGAAAGAGUCGGCCAGAAGGUGCAGAUGUUUUUGCACCUGCUGUAGUCGUAUCGUCUGCAUCUACGUCCCACUUCCCUGUCCCGUCUCUGAGCAGCACUAUCACGGUCAUCGCCCCCACUCAUCACCAUAGCAACAAUACCACAGAGAGCUGGUCUGAGUUUCGACCUGAGCACCCUGUGGAGCGCGGGCCUUUCAACCGCGGCCCACCUCCACCGCAGAGAAAGAGAUGCCGUGACUAUGAUGAAAAGGGCUUUUGUAUGCGAGGAGAUAUGUGUCCAUUUGACCAUGGAAGUGACCCUGUGGUGGUAGAAGAUGUGAAUUUGCCAAAUAUUCUGCCUUUCCAACCUCCACCUAUCCCGGGUGUGGAUCCUCCUCCUCCAGGACUGCCCCCUCCUCCACUCCUGAACCCCCCACCUGUGAACCUGCGGCCCCCCGUGCCCCCACCAGGCACACUCCCACCCAGCCUUCCACCGGUGGCAGGUCCUCCUCCACCUCUUCCUCCACUGCAACCCUCAGGAAUGGACGCCCCUCCUAACUCCAUCACCAGCUCUGUGCCCACCAUUGUCACCUCUGGAAUGCGCCCCUCACUUCCUCCAGGCCCACCACCUCUAUUCAAUCCUGAAGUAUUUGACACUGAUGUAUACAACCCUGAAGCUCCUAGCAUUACCAGUUCAUCCAGGCCGGUGUACCGCCAUCGCAACACCCAAAGACCCAACCUGAUAGGCCUUACUAUGGGGGAUGUGGACCAGCCACCAAGAGAAAAAAUCCCAAAUAACAGCAUGAGAAUUGUGAUGGAGUCUGACUCAAGAAAAAGGGCAGCAGGCUCUCAUGACGGGGGCAUUUUGUCCAAGAAACCAUGGUUUGAAAAGCCCAACUUUAACAAAGCCAAUCACCAUGGUUACCACAAGAGGGGCCCAUUUAACCCACUCAACACCAAACUGAUGGUUCGGCAAAUUCCCUCCGAGCUCAAUAAUAUCAGCGAACUCAAUGAACAUUUCAGCAAAUUUGGUACCAUUGUCAACCUACAGGUGGCCUUCCAGAAUGACCCUGAGGCAGCUCUUAUCCAGUUUGCUGCUCCAGAGGAGGCGAAACGGGCCAUGCAGAGCCCAGAGGCUGUGCUCAACAACCGCUUCAUUCGACUGCACUGGUAUCGGGAGGACGGAGGCGACGCACAGAGCCAGGUGCACUCACAACAGCAACAACAAACUGCCACGCCCCCGGCCACAUCUCUGAAGCAGUCUGUCAAAGACCGUCUGGGACCCUUAGUCACCCCGAGCCCUGAGCCGACACAAGACUCAAGUGUGGACUCUCAGAAUUCAUCAAAGCCAUCAGUGAAAGAACGUUUAGGUUUCUCUGCCAAGCCAACCGCUCCUAUAGAAAAGGUCUUUUCCACAUCCAUGGGUCUUACAAAAACGGUUUACAAUCCUGGUGCGUUGAAGGCUGUUCAGAAAACCACAGAGGAAGUUCUAAAGAAAAAACAGGAUGCACUAAAACUACAGCAGGAUGUCAGGAGGAAGAAGCAGGAGAUUCUAGAGAAACAUAUUGAAACUCAGAAGCUCCUCAUUUCCAAAUUGGAGAAGAAUAAAACAAUGAAAGUUGAGGAUAAGGCAAAGAUUAUGGAGACACUGACCACCUUGACCAAAAGCAUCACAAAACUGCAAGAGGAGAUAAAAGGCAUCUCAGCCAGCACUCCCAUCCGGACGGCUAAGACCAAGGCACAGGCACAAAAGGAGCUGUUGGAUGCGGAGUUGGACUUGUAUAAGAAGACCCAGUCUGGAGAGGACACUGCACUGCUGAAGAUUAAGUACACACAGCUGCAAAUCGAGGCUGCCAAAAGGGGUAUCUUGUCAACUCGGGGCCGUGGGCUGCACCCUCGAGGUCGUGGGGCGAUCCGGGCAAGAGGAAGAGGCGGGGGCCGGGGCAGAGGAAGAGGAGUCCCUGCACACGCAGUGGUGGACCACAGACCAAGAGCACUUGAGAUUUCAGGCUUCAGUGACGCAGACAAUGUUAACCUCCUGCCACACUUUGCUCAAUUUGGUGAAAUUGAAGAUUGUCAAAUUGAUGAGAACAGUUUGACGGCAGUCAUCACUUACAAGACAAGAGCGGAGGCUGAACUGGCGGCUAUACACGGAGUGAGGCUGAACAACCAGACUCUGCGCUUGGCCUGGCAUAAACCUGCGGUGAAUCUCAGUAAUGUGGAGGCAGAGGACGCUGAACAAGAGGAGGAAGAGUAUCAGGAUGAGUCGCUGAGUGACGAUGCGUUGCUGCAGGACGAUGAUGAGGAAGAUGACGAGCCACGCUCCUGGAGAAGAUGAAGACCAGUGUCCAUCAACUUUCAAGACCUUCGACCAUGAUGUCAGAAAUGCGGCUUUUUAUUUUUUGACCCGGUUUUUGUUUUUCUGUAACAAAGAUCGCAUCGAAACCAUGUACCAAGUUUAGGUUACUUUUAAUGUUUUGCAAUUGCAACAUGAUGAUUUUUUAAUGCUCUUAAUGUAGUUAGUAGUUCUGUAUUUUUUUUUUUGCCUUACAGAACAAUUGGAUUAGUGAACGCUGAUCACUUAGACACAUUAGUUAACAUGGUUUCUUAAUACAAAAACGUGUUGUAAUUUAACAAGACUGUAGCUUUUGCAGACACAGUGUUAGUUCAGUCAGUUGCAAUGCUUAUGUGUAAAUAUUUUAUGUAUGGGUUUGAAUAAUUUGUAAAAAAAAAAAAAUGCUUGGCUUCUCAGUUCCUGGCUUUAUUUUGACUUGUAAAAAAAUAAAGAAUUGAAAUGGUCUGAAAAUAUCCUGCCAAAAAAAGCAAAAGCAAAAAGAAAACAUCUUGAAUAAAAAAAAAGGAAAAAAAAAAAAUAUUGGCAGUGAAUGAAAAAAGAUCCAAAGACCAUUUCAAAAAAACAAAAAAAACUUCAUCUUUCCUAAAAGAGCAUACUUCUAUAAAAACUUCUGAAUGCACCCACAUGAACACACUGGUAAGGUAAACUUAUAUAACACGUGUAUGGUAAAGUAUUUAAAUAAAAACUUAAAAUUUGCAUGUACAGCUGUAUCAAAAUGUAUCUAAUAUGUCUUCUCUUUCCUUUGCAGUGAUGAAAGCAGCUGAACCAGGUUUUCUUCAAAGGACAUCCAAAACCACACGGAGCCGACUUAACUUUUCAGAACAGAUGCUCUUAUUUUCAUGAAUUGUGCAGAGUUUAUGAUGUUUGCUGUUGUUUUUGUAUGUUAUUUCUAUAUCUUUAAAACAAAUGGAUUUGAUUCAUA